GCCCCCGCUCCUCCGCGCUGCUCGGCCAAACAAAGAUACCCACCCGUGAGCACCUAUUAUUUUCAAAGUAUUCCUGCCGCAACCCCGCCCCGCCCCCGACCCGUGUGAUGACAGGGCCCAUGACUUGAUGAAGAGUAUGGUAUAUGCAGCCAACCUUCCUCCUGAGUGGUCCAAGCAGUGUUACCAGUUCCCUGCUGUGCCUCUCAAACCAGUGUGUUGCACAGACCAGACCCACCACACACGCUGAUGGCAUUGCUCUGCACUCGCUUAUCAACACCAAGUGGGCUUGCCUCAGGCUGAGACUGGCUGGGACUUCCUCAUGCUGUGAGGCAAAGGAUUCCCAGGAGCAGAACUGAUUGGCACAACAGAAGAAACAAAAAUAGAAGCAAGAACAGAACACAUUCAUUGAUGGCAAGUGAACCAUUUGACGCCACUGCCUCAAUGCUGGAGAGCGUUGGCGGCAGCGGGGGCAGCAGUGCCAGCAUGGCCCUCCCUCCUAACUCAGUCAACAUGAACACAGUGUACAUGGACCACCUGGUGCAGGUGGGGCAGACAGGCCACACUACUUGGUAUGAUUACAAUACCUUUAACAACCUGCUGGUCACCCCCACCAUGCAGGCACCACAGCUUGCCAUGCCUCAGCCCCAGCACCACAUUCAAGAGGUGGUCACAGUGGCUCCGCCUCGUCCUAAGCAACCCACACCCCGCCCCAAGCCCAGAUCUGUGGCCUCAGAGCGUACAUACUAUUGUGACAUAUGUGGUGCCUCCUUCUCCAACUCCUCCAACCUGAAGUCUCAUGCCAGAAUCCACUCAGGAGAACGUCCUUACGUGUGUGAGGAAUGCGGUGCAUCUUUUGUCCAGAGUUCCAACCUCAAGGCACACAAACGUACGCACACAGGUGAGAGGCCCUACAUGUGCUCAGAAUGUGGCCAGACAUUUUCACGUUCUUCCCACCUUACAGGGCACAAGAGAACCCACACAGGCGAACGACCAUACAUCUGCGGAAUCUGUCAAGACUCGUUUGUAACGAGCACUCACCUGAGAAAUCACAUGCGGAAGCACACUGGGGAGAGGCCAUUUGCAUGUGAUGUAUGUGAGGCAGCUUUUGCACAAAAUGCCUCUCUGCAAAUCCACCUUCGCAUCCAUACUGGUGAAAGGCCAUAUAAGUGUACUGACUGUGCUGCGGCAUUUCGCUCCAAAGGGGACCUGAGGAGCCACCGCAAGCUCCACACAGAUGAGAGGCCUUUUGGGUGUUUCAGGUGUGGGAAGGUUUUCAAAACAAACCAGUAUUUACAGAAGCACCUCAAGAAGUGUGGUGCUCCUCCCACGGGCAGAAAGAGAGGACGUCCACGUAAAAUAAUCACAGCAGACUCUAUGAUCUCCAGUGGGUCCAAGAGGACAGUGACCAAAGGCAGUCGAAGCAAGAGCAAAGGCAAGACCAAGAAGGCGCGACCCAGGGCCAGGCCAACGCGUGUCACCCGUCACACAAAGGUCGAUGAGCAGGGCCAGAUCAUCCAUGAGGAAGACUUUGAGGAUGACGCGAAUGAAGCUCCAGAAGAUGUAAUGUCCUCUGGGAAGGUGGCCAACGGGGAAGUGAUCAAGGAACCACCACUGAGCUCAGAACCAAUGCAACAGCAGCACCAGGAGCAAGAGAAACAACAACAAAGUGUGGAAAGUCAAACUGUACCAUCUGUACCAGUUAACCUGGAGCAGGACACUGAGGAGGAGUUGCCAGACCUAAAGAUGUCAGUAGAGAGCUUUGAUGACAUCACAAGCAAUGGCAUUGACGAUGUGCCAGAUGUGGACCAGACUUUGCAUAUUUCACAUGUGGAGCACAUUGAACAUAUGCCCAUUGAGGCGAUGGAGCGUGUUGUGCAAGCUACUCAUUACAUAGACCCCAAAGGCCUUAAGUCCUGCGCACGCCAGGCCGGGACCAUGGACCAGCUCGGGGGUCAGUCAGUGGCCCAGGCUGCCACAGUACAGCCGACGGUCUGGUACAACUACGGCACCUGGGGAGAGCUGGUGAACCAUCCCGUGCAGGUCCAGGUGGCUGUACCCACUGUGCAGAUGGUGGCAGCUCCUUCACAGACCCCAUCGCCGACCCCUACCCCUGUUCCGACACCUGUGCAUGAGCCGGUAACAGUCAUGGUUGGCCUCACAUCAUCUAAGCAGGUCGCUAAGAAGUCCAAGAAAAUACCAACUGAAAACCAGGAGCGGAACUUCCAUUGUGAGCAGUGUGGUUCGGCCUUCACCAACAGUUCAAACCUGCGUAGCCACAUGCGAAUCCACUCUGGGGUGAGGCCGUACGUGUGUAUGGUGUGUGGCAAAUCCUUCAUCCAGAGCUCCAACCUGAAGGCCCACAAGCGAGUCCACACUGGAGAGCGUCCGUACCAGUGCUCCGAGUGUGGGCAGACAUUUUCCCGUUCCUCGCAUCUAGUUGGCCACAAACGCACACACACGGGAGAGCGGCCGUACAUCUGUGGCAUCUGUGGGGAGGCCUUCUUCACCUCCUCCCACCUGAGGAAUCAUGUACGCCGACACACUGGGGAGAAACCAUACGUGUGUCAGUUCUGUGGGGAUGCUUUCGGGCAGAGUGUCGAGCUGCGAGUUCACGUCCGUCACCACACCGGGGAGAAACCGUUCAACUGCCGGGAAUGUGAGACAGCCUUCGUGUCCGCCCGGGAGCUCAAGGCCCACCGCAAGACGCACCAUCUAGGGUCAAAGCCGUUCAAGUGUGAGCAGUGUGACCGGUGUUUCCGCACCCCAACCUUCCUCAGCAAACAUCAAGUGAGGUGCAAAGGCCCUCGACCCAAGAGACCGAAGGGAAGGCCCCGCAAGUACCCCAGGAUGGACGGAGAAGAGCCACCAUGGAAGAAGCCCAAGAAGCGGAAAACCAAACUACCGGCAGCCCCAACAGAUAGAGUUUGUCGUUCGGCCACGAGAGCGAUACGCAUUGCUCAGAUGAAGAAAGAAGAGGACGAGGUGAAAGAUGAAGAGGGGCAGAAUGAGGGCCAAGAGAAGGAAGACAGUCCACAGAAGAAAGCUGUGCACAGUCGAAGUCAUAAAGGUCGAAAAGAGCCAGAAACAAUUGAUGUGGAUUUGGGGGAUAUUUCUACCCUGAAGGCUGAAAGGUUGGUGUCUGAGGAGCACAUGUCCCAGCUUCCAAUGGUUCCUGUAGUACAAGUAAUGUUAGACAACCUUGGCCAGGGAGGUGAUGGCCUGGACCCCACUCAGCAGCAGACCAUUGUGCUUCAGUCCACGCCUUCAGGCAUGCAGACCAUCCAGAUGGCGGCUGGGCAGAACCAGCAACAGAUUGGCGUGAUAGACCUCUCAGGCCAACACCUGCACCAGGACGACCACCAGCAGGUGGACUCGGUGCCCCAUGGCCUCACAAUGGUCACCUCACACCUGCCUAUAACAUCAAACGACACCCAUCACCUCCCAGUCAUCUCAGCACACCAGGUGGCGGCCUCAAGUCACCAACAGUCACCAGUCGUGUCAGCCCACCAGCAGCUGCCAGUUGUCAAUGCCCACCAGCACCACUCAUUAUCUGUCAUGGCAGCUCAUCAGCAGGUGCCUAGCACACUGGCCCACAAGCAAGGCCUAAGUAGUCACCAGUUACCUGCAGUCACAGCUCACCAGCAGGUUGUCACCUCCCACCAGCAGCAACCCGUUGUGUCUGCUCACCAGCAAACACUCAACAGCCACCAGCAAGUCCUUGUUGUGUCAGCUCACCGCCAGACUGUUGGGAAUCACCAGCAGCUACCUGUGGUGUCAGCCCACCAGCAGAGCGGCAGCACCCACCAGCAGGCAGCGGUGUCGGCCCACCAGACAGUGCCAGUAUUAGCAGCUCACCAGCAAGGUCUUGUUGUAUCUGCCCACCAAGUGCCUGUUGUGUCCACCUCCAAAGAGGAGGACAUCGAUACCAGCUCCCAGAUUAUCUAUGGGUCUGGACAGCCUUACGUGGUGGAUCUCUCCAGCCCGGCCCUCACCUCACAAGUCCCCCUGGUUAGCCAAACGGUGACAUCGCCUCAGUUCACCAGACCCUAGCCUGGUGAUGGGGUGAGGCUCUAGCCCCUUCCGGCUAGGUUUGUGUGUACUUUACUUAUCUCUUUAGGAAUACUUCUUGGCAUUAUACUACAUUGUGUUAUAACAUUGAUGCUGUGAAAUGCAGUUUUCCUUUUUAUAGGGAAACAUUGUUGGUAAGAAUACUUGUGCCAGUGUUAUGAGAGGGGGAGGGUGGUGAGUCAGUGCAAGGCUUUCCACACUUAGAGGACUCAGAAGUGCCAAAUUGAAACAUUGUUGUUAGUGAAGAUUUAAAGAGAGAGUAAACCAACACAUGGUAAUAAUUGAUUCAUCUUUGCAAGACAUGAACAGCUCUGCUAGGAGAGGAGCACAAACUUCCUUCAAUAUUUAAACAUGCACAUAUAUAAGCUGAAUUUAUGCACCUUAAUAAGUAAAUUUAGUCAUCAACAGGAGCUCGAAGAUCGGAUUAUGUAGUUCUCAGAGUUCAUAAUGGUGGUAAAGAGAUUCUGGAUCAUAUUGCAUAUUAUGUUAAUAUGCCUGAUUCCUGCAAUACAUAUUAUACUUCCUUUCUCACAUAUAGAUAAGGUGUAAAGCCAUGGUGUUCUCAUCGUGUGUGGGUUACAUUGGUCAGUUUACAUGCACUCUGAUAAUUAGUACUCAAGAGGGAAAAAAUUCUGGAAAUAUGUGUAAAAAUAAGUACCAUAGUUAUGAAUAUUUUGUAUUUUGACAGUAGCUCUCUUAUAUACCUCAAGUCAAUAUUUCAGGACACUUUCUGUUUCUAAAAUGAGUACUAAUUAGAAGAGUGCGUACAUGUUGGCAGAGCUACUCCGGCUGAGACAUGCAUUAUCCACGGCUUUAGUACAGUAAUAAGGGUUGCAUUGAUGAGGUAAUAAUUCUAUGCAGUCAGAAUAUGUUGUUAUUAUCAGAAUUACUGAGCUGCAGCAACAUUGAGUGACCCGGUGUGGCUCCCUGUACAGGCUGGCUGCAGUGGUGUGACUGGUGGCAUGGAAGGUUUCAUUCCCCUGGUGGGUGGCUUUUGAAGCCUGUAUUGUCUGCCACCCUUCAAACUGUGAUCUUAUGAUGUACCGGUACUCUGCAGCUUCACAAAAGUACUUUCCUACACCAUGAUGACGUACACACAACACAUGCAUUGCAUUAACCCGGUAGCAGCGACGGGCCAAAUUUGUGGCUUUACCGUGUAGCAGCGACAGGCCAAAUUUGUGGCUUUACCGUGUAGCAGCGAUGGGCCAAAUUUGUGCCAUGAUAUAAACCCCCCAAAAUAGAUGAUACAUAAUCUGACCACAAAUGCUUUGAUAUAUAUUAUGAAAUGGUUUGUGUGAGGGGUGAUUUUUUCUCAUUUUUCUCGCUUGGAGGGACCAUUAAGAAACAUGAUCCCCGCUGCUACUGGGUUAAUUAUGCCAGGACACCAUAUCAUAUCUUAGUGCUCCCUACACAUCAUCACGCACCACCACACCACACCAAACUUCACUACACUCUCAUAAACAACAACUACACCACUUAUACAAAAUGUCAUGCAGCUCUACAUCAUAUCCGUACAUACACAGCUUUCUUGGAAACCUAUAUCAUGCCAAAUCACUGUUGCACUGUACAACUACAUAUUUCUUCAUGCACAGCCACACCACUACACUACCACAAAUUACACCACCACCACCACCUCAGUCCCCAUCCCCAGGCAUACAGGUGUGUGUCACAGUCUACAGGGAAAGCCUUGUACAGGAAUUGGAAUGAAAUGCAAGAAGGCAGUUAAGGUAUAAUGAGUUGGCAAUCUUACCCUUAGGUUAAACUACAGAUAAAAUAAGCUUAUGUAUUGAGGCUAGAUAUUUACAUUGUCCUAUUUUUCUUUAACACUUAAUCUACUAGUAUUUUAUAAAACAUUCAAAUGCCUUAUAUUUUAUGUUUGAUGUUGCAUAAAUGAAAAUAUUCUAUACCAGUAGAUCAAAGCUUAUUAUUUUUCACAAGUGAUUAACAGUUUUCCAUUCAGUAGGAUAAUACAGAAGAUGAGGGCACCGUGAUGAGUGUGGGAGGACUGCAUCUGAGCCAUAGAAUAGGAGACUUUGGCUACUUCAUCACAGGUCCAUGUUUCAAAUGAGUUAUGCGAGGUUCAAAUUGAUACUGAUACAAUAGUGUUUUUUUAAGCUCUAGGUACUAUAAGAUCCUUACAAUACCCAUAUAUCUAUAUCUUCGACACCUUGCUACCUCAUGAAAACUUCCCUCUAGGGGGUGGCCAUGGCAGAAGUGUUUCCAUCUCUCCCUGUUCUGGCACUCCCUCUCACCACGCUCUAUCCUGCUACUUCCAACUCUCUCGCCCUAUCGAUUCACUUCACAGCUGGUCUUCCCCUGACACUCUCUCCCUCAAUCCCUCCCUCGUACACUCCCUUCACAAGUUCAUUCUCCCCAUUCUCAUCACGUGACAAUACCUAGAGUGCAAAAAAUCAUAUUAUCUGCAUCAUUUUGAAAUUUUGCACAGCUCUUUUGGUAACAGUGUGAUGUCGCUGAUGAAGCUGGCCAAACUCUCCUACUCUUUGAUUCUGGGUUGUGUGUUAGUAGCAAUCACAACAAAGUAAAAAGUUGUAUAUUUUUGGAACCUGAACUUCCUUAUAUUUGCAAGUCAGUAUUGUCUUUAGAUUAUAAUGUUAAAGUCUAAUGAAGUGUAUUCUGUAAUGGUACGUUAUUGUACUGCUGUGUCAAAUAUAAUCACAUCAUUUAGUUUGUUAAGACUUGAUAGUUCUAUAAUGUUAAGGUUGAGCAUUUUACACACACACACACACACACACACACACACACACACACACACACACACACACACUGAAAUAUAAACAAAGCUUAUUUGAAUGAAAGUAUGUAUAAUAUAUAUGUAAUUAUAUGUUUUAUUUACUUAUUAUAUCAAAGAACUUUAUACACAAAUACUGAUGUACAGGACAAAACUGUCAUAACUGAAACUCAUUAAGUAGUGAACGUACUUAAUAUGGUCUGUUGAUAAUGUGGAUUGUAAAUUUCACAGGAAGUUGAAACCAAGGCAGAGAUUGUUAAAAAAAUAUUCUGAUUGUGUGUCAACAUUGAGGAUGCAUUCUGUUAUAUAUCAAUCACUCCUCUGUUGGGUGCAUUAGGAACAUUCUCUCUCUCUCUCUCUCUCUCUCUCUCUCUCUCUCUCUCUGUUUAUCUGUACAAAAGUGGUAUUAAUGGAAGCCAAAUUUAAUCUUUUUAUUUACCAAGAACCAAAAUUCUGUACUUGGUUUGUGAUUGGAGCGUCAAGGAAGUGGUAGCAUUCUCUUGUAGCCCAGACACACCUCAUGGGUCUUGCUUCUCAGUUUUGUGCAUAUUUGACACCCUCCAUUAUUUUACUUUAGAGGCACUUUUAAGUAUAUUUUUCAUAAUAAUAGUUUUUAGGCUUUAUUAAGAGUGGCCAUCCUCCUCACCUUUUUGGUAAUGAAUGGUUUAUAAUGACAUGGCAAUUAUUUUUUUAAGUUGCAUUUGUGUGUCAAGAUGAAGCCAUUGUGAAUCUCUUUUUGUGAUGUGACGAUCGGACAAUUCAGAGUUUAGGUUUCGGGAAGACUCGUUGUUUUAUCGGAGACGCUAAUGUGGCCUGUUCUGGGCAGGCGUCUGUGUUCUUAAGAAGUUUCUGCUACAUUUUAAUUCCUAGUUAUUGAAGCAUUGCUGAGAUACACUGAAUAUAUAUGUGUUCAGUUCUAUACUCAGAUACUUACUAUAUAUAUGCACAGUUACAGGUGUAUGAAGAGAAUAUACAUAUGUGUGUGUGAGAGGGAGAGAGAGAGAGAGAGAUAUUAAAACAUACUUACCCACACUAAUACUACACAUAAUAUAACAAUGUAUAACAGUUAUCUACUCUGGUCUGGAAUGUGCUGUUUAAGGUAGCAUUUCUGUCAGAUUCAAAUGGGCAUUAGUACUGUUUAUUGAGGCUACGAGUCCUUGAAAAUAAUAGAAGGCAAGAGACGCAGUGUGAGUCAGUUAAAUAUAGUGGUAAUAAUGGUGUGACAUGGGCAUGUGGAAUGUAUGGGAAUGUGCUUUUGGGUAUGGGAGAUAAGAGUGAUGAUAUGGCUAUGGUGUGGAAGGUAUGGGAGGGGUAUAGUGAUGAUAUGGCUAUGUUGUAGAAUGUAUGGGAUGUGGUUUUGGGUAUGGGAUGUGUAUGGUGGUGUGCAAUGUAUGGAGAUGUGGCUGCAGUUUUGGAUAUGGAAGGUACAUGGUGGUGUGACAUGGGUGUGGAACAUAUGGGGAUGUGGAAUGGCAUGUGGGAAGUAUGGUUUGAAUUGUAUGGGGAUGUGACUUGAUGUAUAGUGUGACAUGGAAUGUGCAAUGUAUGGGGAUGUGGCUGGGUGCAUGGGAAGCAUUGUGUGAUGUGGCUGUGGUUUGAACUGUAUUGGGAUGUGACUGGUGUAUGGUGUGACAUGGAGUGUGCAAUGUAUGGGGAUGUGGCUUGGGGUAUGGAAGGUAUGGUGAUGAUGUGGCUAUAGUGUGGAAUGUAUUGGGAUGUGAUUUGACAUAUGAGAUUUGUGUGCAUAGUGAUGUGGCUGUGUUUUGUGAUAUGGCAAGUGUGAUGAUGUGACAUGGAGUGUGCGUAGCCGAGUUUAAAAAAAAAAAAAAGUAUAUUGAGGUGUGGGUUAGAGUAUUCUUGUACGUACAAUCAAUAAUGUGGGAUUCUCAUGUGGUUGGUCGCUGUUGAGGAGAAGAAAGAAAAUGAAAAAGAAAAAAAAGACAAGAAGAAAGAAAAGGAAAAUAGGAAAAACAGAAAAGAAGGAAAAGGGAGUAAAAUAGGAAAUAAAGAAAGAGGAGGAUAAGAAUAUGCAAGAGAUGAAGAUUAAGUUUGGUGUGUGUGUGUGUGUGUGUGUGUGUGUGUGUGUGUGUGUGUGUGUGUGUUGGUUUCUCUUCCCAUCCCAAGACUAAGAAAAGAAUGUGUGACCGUUGACGCAGUUUUUGUGUGCAGGCGGUGUUGGAAAGAUUGUUAAAGGAAUAAAUAAUAGGAAAGAUAAUAAAAAAAGCUGCCAUAUCUUAUUACACUAUGCAGAUGAUUUGAACAUAAGAACAUAAGAAGAACAUAAGAACAUAGGGUUAUUUUGCAUUUGUAAAAUAAAAUUGCAUUGAAUACC